GAGCUUCUUAAAGAGACAGAAGCCCAAUUUCAAGGCGCUAAAAUACAAACUUUAAUGAUGGACUUUAGUCAACAUCGGUGGAUGUUUGUGGUCCCACUUUCCAUUAACAUUCAACAAAAAUAACAAGAAAAGUAAAUAUGACUAACAACAGACUGUGUGCUGUGACAAACGGUUUCCAGUUUAAGAAGAUUUAAAAAAAAUCUUCCCCUAGAAGAAUUAAAAUGUCCAAAAUGAUCCAUCUUGAUGCUGAUUGUCUGAUCAUGUUUCCACCUUGAUGCUGAUUGGCUGAUUAUGUUUCCAUCUUGAUGCUGAUUGGCUGAUCAUGUUUCCACCUUGAUGCUGAUUGGCUGAUCAUGUUUCCACCUUGAUGCUGAUUGGCUGAUCAUGUUUCCACCUUGAUGCUGAUCAUGUGAUGAAGGUGCUUCCUGCAGCUCUAGACUUUUGCUGCGUUCUUGGCAAACGUUGUGGCUCCUAUCAGCAGGGGAAACCUUGCUGCCCCGCCCAUCGCCGGGCGAACAGGAAGCCGGUUCAGAACCACUUUCAGCUCAAAAAGUCGGUUUGUUCUCGACUCCAGAGCAGAAAUGGAGCCAAACUGCUGAAGGAACAACAUGGAUCCGUGAUCUGGACCGGACUCUGCUGCAGAACCUAAACUCAGGUUCUGAUGUGUCUCCGUUCCUUCUGGCGCUGACGGGAAACAGCCGCGACCUGCAGCUGGACUGAAGCGGGAUGACGUCAGCCUGGACGCCGCUCUGCGUCAGGCUCCGCCCUUUCCGCCUCCCGUUGGCCCCGCCCCUCGGACGUCGCCUCCACGUCGGCCAGCGCGCCUCCAUCACCAAAGCGUUCUCGGCGCGCGACGUGGAGCUGUUCGCCGAGCUAACGGGCGACACCAACCCGCUCCACGUCGACCCGGCCUACGCCAGCACCACGUCCUUCGAGGCGCCCAUCGUCCACGGCGUCCUCAUCAACGGCCUGAUGUCGGCGGUGCUCGGCACCCGGAUGCCCGGACCCGGCUGCGUCUUCCUGUACCAGGAGAUCCGCUUCCCGGCACCGCUCUUCGUCGGCGAGGAGGUUCUGGCCGAGGCGGAAGUGCGUAAAAUCAAGAUGUCGUUCGCCUUCAUCGCGGUGACGUGCUCCGCCAAGGACAAGGUGGUGAUGGAGGGGGAGGUGAUGGUGAUGAUGCCCGAGAAGCGGCAGCAGGAGUGAUGAAGAUGAUGGCGGUUAAAUCCGGGUCCCUGACGGCGUUUCUGUCAAGUUUAAGUUUAUUAAAGUGUUCUGUACGGAGGCCCCUGAGGGACAUUCGGGAAUGUUUUUUUCUUUUGCGUUUCCUCGCAAUAAAUUAGCAAACACAUCCUGGUUAUUCUGUACACAAUCACAGUUUAAUAAGUUAAUUUAAAAGUUCACACGCCUUUAAAGAGCCUCAGUAAAAAAAACUUUAUACAUUCUUCACUCUGUGGUGUAAAAAUCUUAUUGAAAAUCAAUCUAUUAAUUGCGUUUUCAUGUUUGUGUAAGACUGAGAUGGGAAACAGUAAUUUAUUAAAGGACAAUCAAAACUCGAUUGACUUUAUUAAACCAUGAAAAUAACAAAAAAAAAACUCCAGACAGUAUUUUUCUUCUAAACUUUACAGGAGAUAUAAAACUUCAGGUAUCACACCAACAGAUGAUGGAAAAUCCUUACAACAGACUUUCAGGAUCCAAGAUGUCGCCUGGACCGACUGGUACAUUACUGCCUGAGAACGCAAAAGAAAAACCCCUCCGUGUCCCCUACAGGCUUCCGUAGAUUAGAGAUGACGUUUGAUCUCGGGUUUGUUAUGUUAAUGCAGUCAGUUUUGUUUUUCAUUCAAUAAAAAAAGUGAUAUUUUCAAAUUAAA